CAACAAAUUUUUAGUUUACGAGAAAUUUAUACACGGAUAUCAACGAGUUUACUUUGCAAGCGGCCUGUGUCAAACAUGAAGUUUGUUCUUCUGUUGACGACUUUGUCACAUGUAUUCCUUUUAGUAUGGGCGACUGCUACAGUCCAGUUCAAGUUUGUAUCUUUCUACAAUUCCGACCAUAAUGAUUAUGACGGUGGUUGUUGCGAUGACUUCUUCGGUGGCUGCGAUGACUUCUGUGAUAACUACUUCUUUGUAUGUAUCGACGGCGACGAUACAGGUCCCUUGGGUACUUCCUGCGACAUGGCAGCUAUCACAACAGCGAAACUGCAUGAGGAUAACGACAACUUCAACUUCCCCUCCACCAUACCCAACCUGAUAGCGAACCCGUACACCAUACGUGUCGACUCCUGGUCGGGUAGCAUGCAAGUCUUCGUUCGAGUCUGGGAUCUGGAUACCCAGAAUGCUGAUGACGAGAUUGAUCGUGAUAGAAGGACCAUUUAUAAAGAGGCUGCACGGAGUCUAUCAACCGCGACGUGGGAGCAGUAUAGGCUGGGUUCACGGAUCGACUUCAUUUUUGAAGUGAGGGUGUAUUGCGACAGUUAUUACUAUGGCUCCGACUGCAGUGUGCACUGUAUUCCCAGGGAUGACCAGUAUGGACAUUACCGAUGCGACGCCAUUACGGGAGACAAAAUUUGCUACAAUGGCUGGGACGGAUCCAAUUGCGAGCUUGAUUACGAUGAAUGCCAGUCUAAUCCUUGUGUUAAUGGCGUAUGUGUUGACGGGGUCGAUCAAUUCAGCUGCUCCUGCACAAAUGGCUGGACUGGACCGACAUGCGACAUCAACGUGGACGAUUGCGCAUCCACGCCUUGCAAGAACGGCGGGACUUGCCACGAUCUCGUGGCAAAUUUCACCUGCGCAUGUCCCCCUGGUCACGUGUACGCGGACGAGUUCUGUGAGUACGACGACUGCGCAGGUCAACCAUGUCACAACGGAGCCACGUGUAAUGAUCUGAUUGGUCAAUUCAAGUGUGUGUGUCCUCUGGGUUAUUUUGGAGAUCUUUGCGAGGUCGAUAUCGAUUACUGCAUCAACCAAACCUGCGCCAAUAACGGCACGUGCGUUGACCGAGUGGGCGGAUUUCACUGUCUGUGCGAGACGGGCUACGAGGGCCUCUUGUGUGACGUGGAAACAGACGAAUGUAGUUCCAAUCCGUGCCUUCACAAUGGGACGUGUCAUGAUCUCAUUGGGAAAUAUCAAUGUGCAUGUCUAGAAGAAUAUGAAGGAACACACUGUGAUUUGGAGACGGACGAGUGCCUGAGCUCCCCGUGUAGAAAUAACGCAACUUGUGAGGACGAGCUCGCUGGAUACCACUGUCACUGUGUCGACGGGUACGAGGGUGACACGUGCGAGAUGGACAUAGACGAAUGUGCCUCGUUCCCAUGCUAUAUCAAUGAGACCUGCGUGGAUGAGAUCAACGGUUUCUGGUGUCAAAGGUUGAAUCUGUGUGAUAAUGAUCCGUGUUUGAACAACGCCACUUGCGUGGACGAUUACCCGGGGUUCAUCUGCGAAUGCGUGGCAGGUUACGGCGGAAAGACGUGCGACCAAGACAUCGACGAGUGUGCCAGCUCGCCGUGUCUACGGGGCACAUGCACCGAUCACCUGGAUGGGUACACCUGCCUCUGUCCGCCGGGCUACGGCGGAGAAAAGUGCCACAGUGAAACCAACGAGUGCAACAGCUCACCCUGUCUGAACGGGACUUGCUGGGAUCUCAUCAACGGCUACGUUUGCAACUGCACCGCGGGGUAUGAAGGCGUGCUGUGUCAGAACGAAAUAGAUGAGUGUGCUAGCUCGCCGUGUCUACACCAGGGCACCUGCACCGAUUACCUGAACGGGUACACCUGCCUCUGUCCGCCGGGAUACGGCGGAGAAACGUGCGACCAAGACAUCGACGAGUGCGCCAGCUUGCCGUGUCUACACCAGGGCACCUGCACCGAUGACCUGGACGGGUACACCUGCCUCUGUCCGCCGGGAUACGGCGGAGAAACGUGCCACAGUGAAACCAACGAGUGCAACAGCUCACCCUGUCUGAACGGGACUUGCUGGGAUCUCAUCAACGGCUACUUUUGCAACUGCACGGCGGGGUAUGAAGGCGUGCUGUGUCAGAACGAAAUAGAUGAGUGUGCUAGCUCGCCGUGUCUACACCAGGGCACCUGCACCGAUUACCUGAACGGGUACACCUGCCUCUGUCCGCCGGGAUACGGCGGAGAAACGUGCGACAAAGACAUCGACGAGUGCGCCAGCUCGCCGUGUCUACACCAGGGCACCUGCACCGAUCACCUGGACGGGUUCACCUGCCUCUGUCGGCCAGGAUACGGCGGAGAAACGUGCCACAGUGAAACCAACGAGUGCAACAGCUCACCCUGCCUGAACGGGACUUGCUGGGAUCUCAUCAACGGCUACGUUUGCAACUGCACGGCGGGGUAUGAAGGCGUGCUGUGUCAGAACGAAAUAGAUGAGUGUGCUAGCUCGCCGUGUGAGCACGGAACGUGUGUGGAUGAGUUGAAUGGCUACAGAUGUGAAUGUGAUGUGUUUUACGAGGGCACUCAGUGUGACACGGUGAUAGAUGAGCCAUGCGCCCUCCCAGACCCACCGUGUCAGAACGGUACAUGUGAAAACACCAACAGCGCUAACGAUUACAAUUACAAAUGCACCUGUGAUGACGGCUUCUAUGGAACCAAUUGCGACAUAGAGUCAAAACUGUACAGUGCCGUCGUCAUGGUGAUUGGAAAGUUGGGAGAUCAGUCUGCUUUUGAAACCAAAUUGGCCAAUCUGCUGCAGAAACUCUACGCACUUCAUUCGCGCGUGCGCAGAGACACCGGAGAAACUGUGACCGUGGAAAUAAUUCUGACAGAGGACUAUGUCAAGUCUACCGAUAGCUCACCACUGACCAGAGUCACCUUUCUAGCUUGGACUGAGUCGGGUUACUUACAGAAGGACACCAUGGAGGCUUGGAUUGAUGGGGCGCCGACGGAUCUUCCUGCCCAGUUCGGCUUCGACAUCUACAAGGGAUCGGCGGAGCCAUACACUGAGAACCCGUCAGAGAGCUGGAUCGGUUCCAACUGGUACAUCAUUCUACUCGUUGUCGUUAUUGUAGCUUCGAUUGUUGCGGUCGGGUUUCUCUUCUACCAUAAAGGAAACCUCGGUCGAGCCAAGGAUGCUGCGAUCAAGUACCGAGGUCGCGACCGGGCCCAAUCGGCCCUCGAGACGACCUUCAGUACCCAUAAAGGGGAGGUGGACAUCGCCUACAGUGCCCGCAUCAAGGAUGACGCCCCUACUCUACCCAAAAGACCCGACCGUCCCAACAUGGUGGAGUCCGUCAACCCCGCGUACACAUCGAGCUGUGACCAGUCUGACUACUGUGGGUCUGCCACUGCCGGUGCCGAGAAGGCUUUCUUCGUUGCCUUGGAUGGGGGCGGGGAGAAAGCAAGCAACUACUACGCCGAUAUUCCCGCGCUCAAGGCCAAAGCUGUGGCCAAGGAGAACUCGUACUAUUAAGUAGGACAUAUCAGUGGCGUAAAUCCAUGCCGGAGAGUGUGGCGGAUGGGGGAUGACCAUGCGGCAAAAUCCUAAAAUUGUCCGGUCGUGUGAAUUCAA